CCUCCAGCUAACAUCGCGUCUCUCGGAGGAGUGAAUCGUGAUUUCAUGAACCACGUGAUUAGCACACGCACUGGAUUCUGGUUACACCGUACGGCCCUACGUAUAACUCAGGCUGUGGUACUUGCCACCGACCCCUGUAUUCCACAACUUCAAGCCGAGCACGAACUGAAGUCAAGUGUUUUCGUCCUAAGGAAACACUAUACACUUCGAAUUCCGAUACACAUCACCAAAAUCUAAUAGGCCAUGUCGGAGACACCUCUGACCUGGAAUCAAGCAGUGAAGGGGAUAACUGAAUUCAUCGAAGUCGCCAUCCAUACUAUCCUCUACGUCAGACAAAUAUACCCAGCAGAUUUAUUUGUACGACGGAAGAAGUACGACACGCCCGUCUUCCAGUCUCGCCAUCCCGCGUUGAAUGAAUAUAUUUCCGGCACUGUCAAGGCUGUUUCCGAUGAACUUGUACUUGGUAAUGUGGACAAGGUGGUAGUCGUCAUCAAAGACAGGCACCAAGUCGCCCUUGAGCGCUUCAUCUUUUCAGUCCAAAACAUGAUCGAGGUCGAGUCCUAUAACAAAGAUACGAGCGUGCAGGAUGCGAUGUCUUCCGCGCAACUCGGCCAGUAUUUUCGCUCCUUUCUCAUCAAACUGAACAUGAUCGAGUCUCAACUGGGGCUUCUCGAACUUCCCACUGGUGAUGAGGCCUCAUUUGCAAUAGUCCUUGAACUCAAGGAAAACACAGUGCCCUCAUCUUCCAAGGACGAUGAACCCCCACCAUGGGUGCCCGCAGAUCGUCAGCACACAACCUCUGGGGCAUCUGAAGAAGCCCAGUUGCACCUCCUUCGGGCAGUGGACACAGGUAUCAUCAAUAUCUCUCUUGCAGUUCAAGAAUCCGAAGAAAAGCUCCAACCCACCAAGGAUCCAGAUGAUUCCGCGCACGAUAUCGAAGGACAAGGAAACGCCGAAGCUAGUUGACAU